UUAUUUUGUAGACCUGAAAGAAACUUUGCAUACUUGUGUUUUCUGUUCUCCAUUUCAGAGGAAGAUUGUGAAGAGAGGUCUAAAAUAUUUAUAAAUCAAAACCCAACAUAAAAGUGAAAUAUAGAGAGAACAAAAUCUGUACACAGCUGAGCAUAGGUGUUUUUAGCUCAUGUUUUGGAUAUGAAAACAAUUUAGCUCAUGUCACACGAAACAAAAGCAGGUGCAGUAGUAAAGCUCAAUCAUGAAAACCCCAAUCAAUUAUUUUUAGCAUGCCUCUUAAUUUUUCUUUCCCCUGGUUUCUUGUCUUCUGUGCCUGAGUCUUGAACAGGUAACCACUUGAGGGGGUGCCGGCGAUAAAUGGGCCACGGAGGAAGUGUCAGCUGGGUCAGAACAGAGAAAAUGCAUCAUUUAUGGCCAUUAAAAGUUUAAAAGAGCAUUAUGGAUAAUGCCUGGUUCCCAAAUGACUCCUAUGCUAAAGGGUUAAUAACUAAUAUUUAUAUAAGACAGAAGAAAAAGAUGUCAUUCCGUAAAGUAAACAUUAUCAUCCUGGUCCUGGCUGUUGCUCUCUUCUUACUGGUUUUGCACCAUAACUUCCUCGGCCUGAGCAGUUUGCUGAGGAACGAGGUUUCAGAUUCAGGAAUUGUGGGGCUUCAGCCUGUAGACUUUGUCCCAAAUGCUCCCCAACAUGCGGUAGAUGGGAGACAAGAGGAGAUUCCUGUGGUCAUUGCUGCAUCUGAAGAUAGGCUUGGGGGGGCCAUUGCAGCCAUAAACAGUAUUCAGCACAACACUCGCUCCAAUGUGAUUUUCUACAUUGUUACACUCAACGGUACAGGAGACCAUCUCCGGUCCUGGCUCAGCAGCAGUACCCUGAAAAGCAUUAGGUACAAAAUUGUGAAUUUUGACACUAAACUUUUGGAAGGGAAAGUAAAGGAGGAUCCUGACCAGGGGGAUUCCAUGAAACCAUUAACCUUUGCAAGGUUCUACUUGCCAAUUCUGGUCCCCAGCGCAAAGAAGGCCAUAUAUAUGGACGACGAUGUAAUUGUGCAAGGUGAUAUUCUUGCCCUGUACAAUACACCACUGAAGCCAGGACAUGCAGCUGCAUUUUCAGAAGAUUGUGAUUCAUCCUCUACUAAAGUUGUCAUCCGUGGAGCAGGGAACCAGUACAAUUACAUUGGAUAUCUUGACUAUAAAAAGGAAAGAAUUCGUAAGCUUUCCAUGAAAGCCAGCACCUGCUCAUUUAACCCUGGAGUUUUUGUUGCAAACUUGACAGAAUGGAAAAGACAGAAUAUAACUAGCCAGCUGGAAAAAUGGAUGAAACUCAAUGUAGAAGAAGGGCUGUACAGUAGAACACUGGCUGGCAGCAUCACAACACCACCUCUGCUGAUCGUAUUUUAUCAACAGCACUCCACCAUCGACCCUAUGUGGAAUGUUCGCCACCUUGGUUCCAGUGCUGGAAAACGAUAUUCACCCCAGUUUGUUAAGGCUGCCAAGCUACUCCACUGGAAUGGGCACUUUAAGCCAUGGGGAAGAACUGCUUCAUAUACUGAUGUCUGGGAAAAAUGGUAUAUUCCGGACCCAACAGGCAAAUUCAGCCUAAUCCGAAGACAUGUGGAGAUCUCAAAUAAAAAGUAAAUAAAUAUGCUAUAAGCAUUUCUCAGGAAAUCCUGGAAGACAGUAUGUGUGGGAAGUAACACUUGCUAGGCUUCAAUGCCUGUUUGCAGCAACAAAGGGACAAGGGACAUUUCAGCUGGGUAAAGAGGACAAACUGCCCCAUCUGGCAGUCAGCUUCCCAGACAGACUAUAUAUAUGCCUCCAUCUGCCUUACCAAGAGUUUGCUUACUGACAGUGCUGAACGACCAGAGGUGAAUGUACUUAGAUACGGCUGGUACAGCUAGUUCAACACUGCUGCUUGGUUUUAAUUUUGUGACCUGUGGCCGAAUCUGUAAAUAAAGUAAAAGUACAUGUUUCAAUAA